GCCGGAAGUCUCGGCGGCCAUUUUGGUGUUGCGGAAGUUGGGCGCAAGAGGGGAAAAAAAAGUUACUUUGUUUUUGGGUCGAAGUCGGAACCAUGGCCGCGAAUGGCACCGCUCUGCAGAAAGGUAUAGACCUUGCAAGCAAAGCUGCUCUAGAAGACAAAGCAGAGAACUAUGAAGAAGCCUUACGCUUAUAUCAGUGUGCAGUGCAGUACUUCCUGCAUGCUGUCAAAUAUGAUGUCCAGGGUGAUAAAUCCAAGUCGAGCAUUCGAGCAAAGUGUGGAGAAUAUCUGGACCGAGCUGAAAAACUGAAGGAGCACCUGAGGAAAAAACAAAACAUUAAAAAACCUGUUGUUGAGAAUCAGAACAACUCGAAUGAUGACAAAGGGAAUGAGAGUGAUGGAGAAGCUGACAACUCAGAAAAGAAGAAAUUACAGAAUCAGCUGCAAGGUGCCAUUGUCAUGGAGAAGCCAAACGUUCGAUGGGAUGAUGUUGCAGGUCUAGAAGGUGCCAAAGAAGCACUCAAAGAAGCUGUCAUUUUGCCCAUUAAAUUUCCACAUCUGUUUACAGGUAAGCGAACUCCAUGGCGAGGAAUCCUCCUUUUUGGUCCACCAGGAACUGGCAAGUCGUACCUGGCAAAAGCUGUGGCAACAGAAGCAAACAACUCAACGUUUUUCUCAGUCUCUUCCUCUGAUUUGGUAUCAAAAUGGCUCGGGGAAAGUGAAAAAUUGGUAAAGAAUUUAUUUCAACUUGCCAGAGAUCACAAGCCUUCAAUUAUCUUCAUUGAUGAGGUUGAUUCUCUUUGUGGCUCAAGGAGUGAAAAUGAGAGUGAAGCUGCGAGGCGCAUUAAAACUGAAUUCUUGGUUCAGAUGCAGGGGGUCGGAGUAGAUAAUGAGGGAAUCUUGGUUCUUGGGGCUACAAACAUCCCGUGGGUUCUGGAUUCUGCUAUAAGAAGAAGGUUUGAGAAACGCAUCUUCAUUCCACUACCUGAGAAAGCCGCUCGUAGUAUAAUGUUUAAACUGCACCUUGGAGUCACCCCAAACAGUCUGAAUGAAGAAAAUUAUCGGACACUUGGAAGUAAAACAGAGGGAUAUUCUGGAGCUGACAUAAGCAUCAUAGUACGGGAUGCCUUGAUGCAACCAGUAAGGAAAGUUCAGUCAGCUACACACUUCAAGAAGGUCCGAGGAGCUUCAAAUGUAAAUCCUUCUGUAAUUGUGGAAGAUCUGCUAACCCCAUGUUCACCUGGUGAUCCCAAUGCUGUGGAAAUGACCUGGAUUGAUGUUCCAGGAGAAAAACUGUUGGAACCUGUAGUGUCAAUGGAUGACAUGCUACGAUCCUUAACAAAUACAAAACCAACUGUUAAUGAUGAGGACCUGAAGAAGUUGAAGAAAUUCACAGAAGACUUUGGGCAGGAAGGCUAAAGCAGAAACAAUUCAUAUGCAAAAUAGUUCCUUUUUUCUGUACAUUUCUUUUCUAUUCACUUAAACUUAUGACAGUGAGUUUUUCUUCAUCACUUUGUGGAAGUUCAAGCACUAUUACGUUUUUGAGGUCAUGGGACUUUAUAUGCAGCUUGAGUGAAUAAUGGUUUAAAUAUUCUAUGUCUACAUUUGCCUAUGAAUGGACCAUCUCUCACUAUAUAUGUAAUAUAAAUAAAUUGAGAGAAAUUCCAAAUGCUACCAAGAGUUUACCAUGGAUUUUGUUUAAAGAAUAUUGUACAUUGGCUAUAUCGUGGAAUACAAUAAUAUUGAAUGUUAUAGCCUAAAUACUUUUUGAAUGGGGCAUUUUAGACGAGCUAUUUGCACAUUAAUUCUUCUAAGCGUACUAACCAUGGGCUUGGACUAUUAUAAUUCUCUAAAAUUCCUGAUUAAUUCUGUACAAUUAUGUAAUUUGAGUUCUUAUACAUAAACGAUCAGUCAUUUGUAUUCAAAGAACUACUUUAACGUAAGCAAUUUUCACAGCUCCAGCGAUUUCUUUUUUAAAUGUGUUUUGAGGGUUUAAGAAAUCUGAAAUGUUUGCAUUUUCUCUCCUAAUUUCUGUUUGUAAAUAAAGCUUAUUGGAAAUCA